AACGGGGGAAAGGAGAGAGAGAACGAGCAGGAGACAGAACAGGAAGCUGGUUUCUCAUUCCUCUAACUGUCCGAAGGCAGGAGGAGGGGAAGGGGGGGAGCCAAAGAGGAGCCUUGUGCAGACUCUUCCCCGGUCCCUUUUCAUUAGUCUGUUUGAACUUCCAGUCUCCUCCAAAAGCUGAGAGAAGGAAGACCAGGCUGGGACGCUUUCUGCUGGAAGUGGCAACAGUGUGGCUGACAAAACCCAGAAGGUGUCUGUGGAGGGUCCCGGGACCGUGCUGAGGGAAAAGACGUUUCCCCACGCUGUUGCCUGUCCCCAACUUGCCAGCUCCUAUGUGGGCACCCGUCCACCACCCACUUUCCUCUGAUGAGAACCCUUCCGGGCUUGGGCUAUGAUCGCUGCUGCUACCGCCUGGGGAGUCUCCUCUUGCCCUGAUCUCCCUCCGCUACAGGAGCAACCCAACAUCUGGUGGGGAUUAAUGUUUACUUCUCCAGCUGGACGCCGUGCGGGACCCCCAAUGUUGCUCCCUGGGAGCGGGGCACGGGUGGUGAUCUGAGAAGAGCAAGAUUUUUGUCACCCAGCGCGAGGCCGGAGGGGAGGGGGGCAAGGCAGGAGGGGGGCAAACCUCUUUUGGGACUAACCUCAUGAAGAACAAGGGAGCCAAGCAGAAACUCAAGAGGAAGGGAGCCGCGAGCGCGUUUGGCUGCGACCUGACGGAGUAUCUGGAGAGCUCUGGGCAGGAUGUCCCCUACGUGCUGAAGAGCUGUGCGGAGUUCAUUGAGACUCAUGGCAUUGUGGAUGGGAUCUACCGGCUCUCGGGAGUGACAUCCAACAUCCAAAAGCUGAGACAAGAGUUUGUUUCUGACCAGUGCCCAGAUCUGACACGGGAAGUUUACCUCCAGGACAUCCAUUGUGUGGGGUCACUCUGCAAGCUGUAUUUCAGGGAAUUGCCCAACCCUCUCCUCACUUAUGAGCUCUACAAGAAAUUCACGGAAGCAGUAUCACGCUUCCCCGAGGACGAGCAGUUGGCACGAAUCCAAAAUGUCAUCCAGGAACUCCCACCAUCGCAUUACAGAACACUGGAAUACCUGAUCAAGCACCUGACUCACCUGGCCUCCUUCAGCAACAUGACCAACAUGCACACCAGAAACCUGGCCCUGGUGUGGGCUCCCAAUCUCCUCAGGUCGAAGGAGAUUGAGGCAGUUGGCUGUAAUGGGGAUGCAGCUUUCCUGGAGGUGCGGGUGCAGCAGUUGGUGAUUGAAUUCAUCCUGAAUCAUGUGGAUCAGCUCUUCAACAACAACAGAAAAGCCAGUUGUGCAGAGAGCAUUGAGAGAACAUCAGUUGUGAAAAGUCUGACCCUCCCCUCAGUCUCCCUGCCAAUGAAACUGGUGAGUCUGGAAGAAGCACAGGCACGGAGUCUGUCAGCCUCCCACCCUGCUCGGAAGGAGAGGAGAGAGAACAGCUUGCCUGAAAUUGUCCCUGUAACUGGGUCCCUCUUCCACACAGUUGUUGACCUCCCUGACACCAAGAGAAAAUUAUCCACCAAGUCCAAGAAAUGGAAGUCAAUAUUUAACUUGGGCCGUUCUGGCUCAGAAUCAAAGUCUAAACUGAGUCGAAACGGGAGUGUCUUUGUAAGAGCACAGAAGCUUUCUGAAAAAGCAACUAUUCGGCCUGCAAAGAGCAUGGACUCCCUGUGUUCCCUGCCAGUGGAAGGGGAGGAUGAAAAGAGCAGGUUCAAACGGGCAGUGACUACUGGAGGGUUUUUUGUCCCGGUGAUGAAGAUACGGACGGGAGGCACAGGCAGCGCAUAUGACCUCAGCAAGGAGAAUGAGUGGGAACGGGAAGGAUCUGCCAUGGGGGCCAAAGGAAGCUCAGAGCUGAGUGGGGAGAAAGGUCCUCCCAGGACACCACAAGCAAAGUCACCUCCUGAGCAGUUGAAGGUCUUCCGGGCAAUGGAGGAUGCUGAAAAUGAGCAGAUUUCCAGCAAAGGCAGCCGCAUGUUCUACACCUCUGAAACAAAUGCCAAGUCAGGCUUCCCAAGCAGCCUCUUUCCAUUGGAGGCCUCCCCUCGUCACCAGAGGAAAGCCCUGAACAUCUCAGAGCCCUUUGCUGUCUCUGUCCCUCUGCGGGUAUCCGCAGUCAUCAGCACCAACAGCACCCCUUGCCGUGUGCCUGCCAGGGAGAAGCUUUCCCUCUCCAGCCUAGAGGAGCUGUCUUCCCUGGUGUCCGAGAGCACAAGCCUCUCUUCCCUAGAAGUGGGAAUCCACACCAGGACAGAGCAGGUGCAGGAGAGGAAGGAGAAACAGCUGGGGUCCACCCUGGCAGCAGCAGCAGCAGCAUCCAGAGGCUCUCACCCUGAGGAGCUGGUGGCAGCCAGGAAAUCUGAGUCCUUAGAAACUCCACAGCCAGCAGCAGAAAAUCAGGAGAUGUUAUGUGGGCAAAACAGCUGCACAAGCAGCACCAGCAGCCCCCGGCCAUCCUUAGAGCAGAGUCCCAUCUUGGAACAAACACCAGCUUCAGAGGUUCAUAUGGGGCCACUCCCCACAGACAAAGCAGAGCAAGGACAGCUCAAGACAAAGGAUGUCUCCUCAGAAGGCAGCUGUGGCCAGCAGGAGAUCAAGGCAGCUAAGACAGAAGAAGAGUCACACUUAAGAGAUGUGAUUGAGGAGGACCCUUCAAAAGCCAUUCUAGAACCUCUCUGGCCAGAGAUGCAGCAGGAACUGAAAAUUAUAGAACCUGAAGAGGAGCUCUUGCUCUUGCCAGCAUCUGUCCCCAAGACAGGCCUGAUUUCUGAACCCUCUUCUUCAGUACAAACAGAAAGCAAUUCCUCUGGCCCAGGGUGGAGUCCAACACUGUCUGAGCAGAAAUCUGCAAGCAGAACACCACAGACAACAACUCAGGUGCCUGUAUUUGGCAUAGAACGACAAGGCAGCCUUCACAACUGCCAGUCUGAUGGGGCUGCACAGCAGAGCUGUGCUUCAGCCCUACCCAAACUGAGUGCUCUUCCCACUGGCACAGCCACUUCAAAGAGCCACCACCCAGUGGUGGAGGACAGCAGAAGUGAAUGUUUCACCCCUCCACCAGACCAGAAGCUUCAUAGACAAUCAGAUUGCAAUGAGGUUGCCUUACAUGAUGAGUUUUCUUGUUCCAAAGGAGCAUGUCCAGAGUCAGGAAGAGAAAAAAAUAGCACUUACCAGCUGAGGAGGGAAAAGGAUGGUCUUUUCAGAGUCCAGACUCAGGCAGAGCAGCCAGAGAUACUGACUGCUGAGGAAAGGGACACAUUCUCCUCCAAGGUGCUUAAUGGAGCUGGAAUCCAGGAGCUGAAGGAGGGCAGUGCCAUUAGCAGAGCCCAUGAUGCUGGUGAUCAGGAUGAUGAGGAUACCUGGAUAGAUAAUGUGCAGAGCUUAGAACUUGUGGAGCCAUGGGAGGAUCACCAGUGGGUUACAAGCCCACUUCAUUCCCCCACCUUUAAGGGCAUUCAGGAGAAGAUGAUGCAAGAAUUUCAGCCACAGAGCCGGAGAGCUGAGACAGGUCUUUCUUCUAGACCACGAUUCAGUCGCAGCCUCUCCCUGGACAGUAAAGACACAGUGAUGAGUCUGUGGACUAUCCCAUUCUCUUUCAUAGAUGCCACUGACCAGCAGCAACCAUGCAGUGACAUUCUGCCACUGAGUUGUGAACUGCCCAAAAUGCAACCCAUCUCACCCUCUAGCAUUGGCAAAGGUAAGCAAGAUGAGAAGGGCACAAGUCCUCCACAAGAAUCUCUGAAACCUGAGGAGCUGAGGUGUCCACUUAGCAGAGAGGAAGCACCAGCUGAUGAAGAAGGACCCUCCAGAGUCCUUCUUUCAGAGCCUGAUGAAACCAAAGUGGGUGUAAACGAAGAAAACCCUUGGAGCUCAAAGCUUCAAGUGUCUUUACAAUACCAAAAUAGCCCAGGCUGUACUUCACAGGUGAAGAACACAAAGGAGGAAUUAUCCAUGUCUCAGGACACUGCCGUGGGAGGAGAGACUGCUACCAAAGCCUUGUGCUCUGCCACUGAGUCACAGCUGAGUAAUAAAGGUGAAGAAACACCUCGCAAAGUGAAGACUAGGCCAUCAUCCCUCAACUUGGAUUCACUCCUUCCAGCCCCAGAUUUCUUCACCUUUGAGAGCUUGUCCAUGCCCUCUGCUCCUGGGAGCUUCCUGUGCGGGCAGAAGGAAGUAAAAAGCAGUGAUUCUGUCCCCUCCCUGCCGACUGCCUGCCCUGCUUUCAGUAAAGACUGGGGCUCUCAUUUCAAUGCCCACAUGGAUCUGGACUUGGACUACCUGGCAGUGGCCCAUGCCACCACAGGCCGCCGUAACUCUGCCCCUGUCAGCGUGUCAGCCGUCAGGACCUCCUUCAUGAUUAAGAUGUGCCAGGCUAGAGCAGUGCCUGUGAUACCACCCAAGAUUCAGUACACCCAGAUCCCCCAGCCCCUCCAGGCUCAGAACACCACCCUACCAGCUGAGAAGAAGGAAGAAGAAGCCAAACAGACUAUCAAGCAGCCCCAGCGAGUGGCAUGGAGCCACCUGGAGGCCCCCAAGAGCCCGCUGAUAGAGCAGAAAGCCAAAGCGGAGAAAGAAAACAGCAACCCAGCUCAAAAGGACUCAGCCUGUGCUUGGCACAGCAGCCUGAGCUCUCUGCUGGAGCCAUCUCAUUCCAGUCAUCACUCAGCUCUGGACGCCCCUGUUCUGCGUCGAAAGCGCACCUCUGAGGGGGAGACAGCUGGAGAUAACCCCCAGUCCUCAAAGAUGGAGAGGCCAUCGGGCUUCUCCAAGCCUUCCUAUAGAUCUAGGCCUGGGAGGCCACAGAGUCUGAUUCUCUUCAGUCCCCCUUUCCCCAUUAUGGACCACCCUUCUUCUUCGGCAGACUCCAGGGUGUUGUUAUCACCCAUAAGGAGCCCCACUCAGACCACCUCCUCAAGCCCCAUUUGUGGUGAUCUGUCCGAGACUUCGUGGACAACACCUGAAGGGGUGACACUGAGGAACAAAAUGACCAUCCCCAAGAAUGGCCAGAGACUGGAGACCUCUACGAGCUGCUUUUACCAGCCCCAGAGGCGAUCUGUGAUUCUGGAUGGACGAAGUGGGAGGCAGAUUGAAUAGCAACUACUUCUCUUUUUUUUGGUUUUUUUUUUUUUUUUCUGUAGUGGAUGGGAUGGUGGUGUCCAAGGACAACUCUGUUGCCAUUUUGCUGGUGUUAUAACUGUUUUGUGCAAGAUGGACCCAAAUCCUUUGUGGUUUCCUGCAAAGCAUUUUGCUAUGGAUUGUCAUAGUCUUUCUGUCUUGCUUUUUCAUCCCUUUCUCACCCUCGCCUAGUCCCUCACUGUCUGCUUUUUCCUUUGUAAACCAGUCCCAGGGAACUUACAUUUCCUGAUACUUAUUCUCUAAUAAGCCCAGUGAAGGUCUCAUUUUUAUAUGGAAAAAAGGAAAAAUAAUUCUCCGCAUAAAAAGAAUACAGGGCUGGGAGAAAACACUGUUCCAAAGCACUGCAGCCCAGGGUGCAGGGGCAGAGCAUCUGCUGAGGAUAUAGUUCCAGAUAUUUGGGACCUCCUUCCAUUGUUUCCCAGCCACCAGUGAAGGAACAUGCCUAGCCAUGUCUGUUGUCUGAUUUAGACAGUGUAAAUAAACAGUGCAAGGAGACUGUGGAUAGCUGAAAAGGAUGGUGAAGUGCAUGUCACACAGGGUGAGAAACACCUGAGGAUAUUCCAGUGACAAACACAACCUGAAGGUGAUGUCUCCAGCUCUGUCCUUGCAUCAAAGAUGUGCUCUUUCCAGCAUGUGCAGAGUUUGGAAUGAAAGUAGCUGGACAGGAAAUGCCUAGUUAUUCUUUAAAAUCUUCCAGGUCCUUUUUAUAAGUUGUGUUGUGCUCAGACACACAUUCCUUGGGCAGACAAGAUCUGUGUGACAGGAGAAUAAGUGUGUAGCUGGCUUUCCAGCAGUAGAGACUUCUCAGACUGGUAUCAAUGAAAGCAAAGAUACAGUCCUAAUAAAGGUCAGUAUCAACUAUUUUCAUUGUUGCUUAAAGCAUCUCCAGCUGUCUUCAGCUGUGCUCCACACAGUCAGCAGCGAGAAAAGCAAGAAGGUCUUCUGGUCUCCAUGUCCUUGGGUUAUUGCCCUCUUGUUCUCUGGCUGACAUGUCUUUGACCCUCAGUCUUUCAUUGCCACUGUGUGGCAUGUCCUCAGGUGCUUCUUACUUUAAAAUUCCUCUCCUUGGAAAUGGCUGGUUGUCACCUUCCUGCCCCUCAGCGCUUUCAAAGUGAUAAAGUGUAUGGUAAAGAGGAUGAGAUGUGGGACCCCAGAACAGAUCCUGAGAGGGGGAUUUGUAAUGAAUUAAACUCUCUCCUGAAGGGCUGUUAUUGUUAGAGGCAAAUACCCAUUCAUGUGACCAACAGCUGCUGUGGGAAUAGAAUUAAAGCUUCUUUGAUAAAGUCUCUAACUCUUUGUUAACCACAGGCUCAUCUAUUGCCUAGUAUAUGUCUGUGAGUGCUUGCAAAGACAGGUACAGAUCAUGCUGUCUCUGCAAUGUGAAUGUCACUAGUGACCGUGGAGGGGACAGGAACACAGGUGUUGCUGGCAGCACUGAGAUGGUCCUUGUAAUGGUGUUUGCAGGAGUCACCAUUCAUGGAGAUGUCUGAGUCUGUGGGCCCUUGGAUGGGUGUUAAGGGCUAUAGAUGAAGCAGUAACUAAGCAUCUGGCAGGAAGAGCCGUAGCCACCACAAUGAAUGUCAGUCAGAAUUUCCCAAUGGAUGUAUGUUUAGGGCUUUUUUUGUGAGCAAGAUCAACCCAUGAGCUCUUGGUCUGUAGUGAAUGUGUCAUUGUGGCUGGAGGGUCCAUAAUAUGUACAGUGCUUUUUCUGCACUCUUUGAUUGCUACAGGGAAGAGUCAGAGUAUUUUAAGAAGUUCUGGGCCCACAAAUGCAAGGAAUGUAUCUUCACCAGAAUUCUCUGGUGUAUUCAAAGGGAAUGUGAAAAAACAAGAGGGCUUUUCCCUGUCACCUUUGAUCCUUCUCAUUGUACUCCUCAUUGGUGUGCCAUAUGAGAGGGAGUAGAGCAGAGAACUGACUCUGUGCUGUCAGUUUUGUUGAGGGACACUAUUAAACCAGAUGAGACCCUGGAGUUCUUCUUUGUGUCCAUUCUUUCAAAGAUAUCUGUCUAUGCUUUAUCUGGGCAAACCAUAGACAGCAGAUCCAGAUUAUGCAGCUUCAUGAAAAUUGCAGUAUUCUCCUCUCAGGCCCUAAGAUGCCUGUGCAGCCUCUCAUUAAAAGUAGGGGACUGCCAGUCCACCAUGCUUCUCAUAGUUAACACAGCCCGUUGCUAUAUUUACAGGGCACCCAAAUGUCUUUUUUUUUUGCUUCUUCAUGGGAAGGUUUUUCACCAUCAUGUCUGGGGUAAUGGCAAAUGACUUGGGAAGGUGUGAUAUGAGAUACUGUGGUGAGGCUUUGUGGAAAGUAAAAGUUGUGAAAAUGAUGCCUGGGCUUUUUUGGCAUCAACAAGACAGUUUACGUUGAGCACAGAUUUGUAUUUUCUAGGUUCCUAGAAGCUUUGACUGCCAAGGCAUUUGGAAUAGAGCCAGUGAAGCUCAAAAAGUAAUGUAUCCAAAGAAAAAGAAAAUGUGAUUAAAUCUUGGCACCUUAAAAUUUUUUUUUCUUUUUUUUUUCACCUCCUUAUUUUCAUAUAAGGUGAUCUAUGAACAAGGAAUGAAGUCUGGCAAUUUGUAUAUAAUACACUGUCUCAACAGCAUUCCAGUAAGUAAUAGUGCUUUUGGCAAAAGUGGUGAAAUUCCUACAAGAGAAAAAUAUUAGAAAACUUUACAUUAUAUUAAAGAUCAGUCUCAAAUAAAAUAUGCAUCCAGACUACACUUUUUAAAGGUGUUUCAGAGCCUGAACUCAGAUCCAAGUCCUGGACUUAAUUAAGCAGAGAUUCUGUGACAUCAUCUGAAAUAGAGAUUCAUGACAUCUCUAUUUUGUAGCUUGAUCUCAUCUAUACCUACAAUUUCAUCUCCAGCCUUCUGCUGAUGCAUAGGACUUCCAAGAUCCUAGCCAAGUGGGCUUCAUGCAGGCACAUCACUAUAGCUCCAUGAUCACAAGUGGGUUUCAUAUCAAGGGCACUGAGAUAUAGCCCCAGAUCUUGCAGGGCUGAGAGUACUUGCUUAGUUCCAAGGUGCACAAUUGCACAGGUGCCACCAUUCCUGACUCCAGAAUAACACUUCUGCAGAGUCUGCAAUGUUUGAAGAUGGGAUCCAUGCUGACACUGAGAGUUGCAGUCAGCUCCCAGAACCAGAGCUUGAUAGCUGGACAGAGUCAGAAGUUAUCUCCCAUUGAACGGUUCUCACAGUGUGGUUGGAACUUUGUGAGAUCCAGCUUUAUCAAGCCAUUCCUGAGGUCAGCUUCAGGGUCAGACUCCACGGAAUCUUUGUUUCAGAGCUCUUAGGUUGUCCUCUGCCACCACACAGUAGCAGACUGAACCUCAGGCUGGAAGGUCUCUUGAAGGUAAGGGUUUUGCAGUGAUACGGUUCAGAUACCAGACUCCUGCCCUCCAUCACAACCCUGCCAUACUAGAGUCUUUAAGAAAGGGUUUUGUGUUUUCUGCUUGGUUUUGAAUUUGUUUCUUUCUGUGCUGCAUUAUGGAGAGGGAUAGAUCAGAUUUAUGGGAGAUGGUUGUGCACCUUCUCAAUGUGUAGCUCAAUAUGAAAUGGUUGGGCUGGCAAAGAUGAGAAAUCCCUUUUGGAAAGGAGGGACAUGUUAGUUCAUGUGGGAACUGCCUUAUUGGCCAGAGAGUGAACAGAAAUGAGGGGUUUAUUUUACCUUUCAAACCGCAUUCCUCUGUCCAUCCCUUGCUAUCACUUCAGAAGGAUUGUAGCACUUCUUUUUUCACCUUUAGAUCUUCAGAGGAACUUAGAUCUGUAUUAGAGAGCAUCCAUGAAGCCCUGCAACAUUUUCCCUCAUUCAGAGUCCAAAUGGUGCAAUCAAAAUCUUUUUCUUUGUGAAUUCUAAAAUGCCUGUAGCAGUGAAUGUAGUGUUAAAUUUAUGUAUAUAUAUAUAAAAAACAUUCUAUAUAAAUAUAUUAAAAGGAAAUGUAAUUAAAAUGAAGGAAUUGCUUAAAUCCUGUAAAAUUCUGUAACUUGGGCUGAUGCAUGGAACUGUUUUCUGCUGAAACUGUUGUAGCAUGAAAGGUAUGAGAUCAACUGGCUUUUUGCCCACAAGAGGAAAAGCUAAUUACUUCUAGCUAAUCUGUGGUGGGCAGAAGGCCUGAAAUUUUCUUUCCCAAGAAGGAUCUUGUCUUGGAAGAGGAGGGAUGAGAUCAGGGAAGACUGGAGUGCAAAAAUUGAUUAAGCUUUUCACCACAAACUUCUCCCCAGUUCUUGAAAAUGCAAACAAUCUAUUGGAGCAUAUAUUAUCUUUCAGAUAUGCUCAGGUUUUGCAGUUUUUGCUUCUCUCCAUCUCUAGAAAAAAAAAAAAGUCUAAGGCUGAGGGAGGAGCUGUAGCCAAUUGCUAUUUGAUUUAGCUUUUGCUUGCUCCUAAUCUAUAAAGACUUGGUGAUAACUAAUUCUGCUCCAAGCAAGGAAUGGAAAACUUGCCACUGAGUUAAACUGGAGCUGGAGCAGGACUUCAAUAGCUUUGGAAAGGAGGAAUGGCAGGAGCCAAGAAAUUCCUUAGGGCUCUAUGCAGCAGCCCAGACUGUAGAUCUUGUUCUUGCAGGCACUGGUCCCCUUGAAAUAUUAUUUGCUGCCAGGUCAAGGGAAGGGCUGGAAGUCAGGCACUGUGAAAAGGACUGUACCCAUCCCACUGGCCUUGGUUUGUGAUUAUUUCUCGUACUAGCUCUGAUGGAUUGUACUUUUGUUAAGCUUUGAUCUCUGUGUGGACUUGCCUGCAUUUGUGCCUUAUUGCUUAAAAAAAAAAAAAAAAAAAAAAA